AUGCCUAGAUUCUCCGUCGCCUUCUCCAAGCGGAAACCCGCACCCGAAGACCCGGAGCCUGCGCCCGCGUCGACGCCUGCGCAGCCUUCGUUUCGCGUCUUCGAACGCAAGGAUGUCCCCGGCGGCAAUGUGAGGUCUUUCGACGGCGGAGCGAGGAUGGCCAGAGCUUCUCCUGCCAAUGCACCGGCACCUCCCAGACCGGCAGUGCUGGAGCUGGAUGUCGCGGAUAACAUGUUUGCUGAUCUCAUUCCGAACCGCGGAAGCGGCGUUUCGAAUACCACAAAGGCCACGUCGACGGACAACUCGUCACGCUACAGCAACGCCUCGACGGCGCCGUCCUCGACCGACGCCCCCGCGGGCAACGUGCCUGACGAGAAGCGAAACCCCGUGAGGUCGAGGUUGCCGCAGUCCCAGUCGCUGCCGCACGGGCUUGGGUCGAGGGAAGGGUCCAAGAACAGCCUGCUGGACCGAGCCACCCGAACCUUUUCCUUUGGCGGUAAGAAGCACUCGAUUGCUCCUCCCAAGCAGAGUGACAUCCCCUCCAUGCCCCCAACCCUGAGUUUCCAAGGGGGCGACGUGGACAGCAGAACGAGAGGCUUGACGGCCUCGACGGCAAGCACUGCGACUCCCACCAAGUCGGAGUCGCCCAGCAUAGACUUGGGCGGAGACUUUGGCUCCAUGUUCACCGCCUUCGACAAGCGAGGCAGCACGGCCACGCUGAGGAAUGACAAGGCGAUGCACCCGCGACACCUUCAUCCCGGUCCGACGAGCCCCAGCAUCGGCACGCCGGCGGCGUCUCAGCUCAACAGCGGAGGCACCUCGCCUUCUGGCUUCGGCACCCCGUCGCCCUCCCUCUCACAGCACCGAACCCUCAGGUCCUCUCCGUACAGCCCUUCGGAUGUUGUCAACGACGAGGAUGCCAAGCUGUUUCGUGAAUCCGUCGAUGCCAUGAAGUUUCUGUCGGAACCUUACGAUAGUUCCGCCGGAAAGUCUUCGCAGACUCAUCGAUACCGACGAAACGAAGACCCCUCCUUCCUGACUUCCCCGACCUCAUCCAUCGCCUCGAGCGCCAACAAGGAGGACAACAUGUUUGCCGGCAGCUUCUCCCGCCAGCACCUCAAGGCAUCCUCGCACCGACACGUAUCACGAUUGCCCGCAGGGGCCCGAAACAAGGUCAUGACUCCGGCUCAGUUUGAAAAGUAUCGGAAGGAUAAGGAGCGUCAAGGAGCGUCCCCGGACAAUGAGGCUCCGUCCGUUGCCAAGGACGAGGACGACGAGUAUGACGUCCACUACGACGAGGACGAGGAUCACCAAGAGAAGUCGAAGGAGCAGGUGAAGCAGCGACGGAAGCAGGAAGCCCACAUGACGCUCUACCGGCAGCAGAUGAUGAAGGUUACGGGAGAUACGCCCAGCUCGCCCGUUUCCCACAACGUCAGACCCCAGCCGAUGUCAUCACCAAACAUGGCCCAGCCGCCCAUGUUCCGCAAGGACCUCUCGCCCGACCCCAACCACGUUGCAUCCGACGCGGACGAGGAUGAAGACGUUCCCCUCGGCAUCCUGCAGGCUCAGGGCUUCCCUGCCAAGAACAAGGCGCCCAGCAGACUGACCCCCGUCGGCUCAACGUUGAAUCUGCAGAAUCUUCAGAGCCUGCAGGCUACGUCGCAAGAACCGCAGAUGCCGCAGAUGCCACGGCCUCCGUCCGCCGCCGGCGACCCGGCUCCUCGCCGUAACUCGAACCUGCCGGCGUUUGCGAGGAACCUUCCUCAGGACCCCUUUGUCGGCGCGGCCAUGUCCAGACCGGCCAAGAGGGAGUCGGUCCUGUUCAGCGACCCCACGCAACCUCAGCAGAAAGGACCGCUACCUCCCGGUGGCCUCGUUGGCGUCAUCAUGAACGAGGAACGCUCGCGGGCUUUGCGUCGUGGCAGCCCUAGCCUCGACUUUGGCAAACUCAUCGGCGCCGCCACGAGUCCGCUGCCAGGUCCCGCCUUCGAUCCUUUGGCCGGCAUGCCACCCCAGUCCAUGUACAACGGCCUGACCGGUGCGGCAGGCAUGGGUGGCAUGGCGGGCGCGGCGGGGAUGCCAUCGAGCAUGGGAGGCAUGGCGGGCGCGGCGGGGAUGCCACCAAGCAUGGGAGGCAUGGGAGGCAUGGGAGGUAUGGGCGGCGCGGCGGGGAUGCCACCCGGCAUGGCUGGCAUGGCUGGUAUGGCCGGCGUGCAGCAGUUGCCGCAGUCGACCCUCACACCUGGUGACCAAGCCCAGCUUCAAAUGUCGCAGCAGAUGCAACAGUUCAUGCAGAUGCAGAUGCAGUUCAUGCAGAUCAUGGCCAUCAACCAGAACGGCAGUGGUCAGCAGAUGCAGCCGCCGAUGCAGCCGCCGAUGAUGCAGUCGCCGAUGACGCAGCCGCUGAUGAUGCAGCCGCCGAUGAUGCAGCAGUCGAUGAUGCAGCAGUCGAUGAUGCCACCCCCGCCGAUGCAGUCACCGUACGGCGCCAACCCUCAAUUCAACCAGUCGAUGAUCGACUUGUCGUCACGACAGUCGGUCAUGGGCGAGCCUAUGAUGGACCCUCAACUGAUGGGCCACAAGGGGCGGACGAUGAGCAUGAGCAUGCUGCAAGCUGGCCCGGCAGCCUACAUGCAGCAAGCACCCCAUCAGGCCGCUCCGUCCAUCCGUGGCUCCGUGGCAGGAUACGCGCCUUCGAUAGCGCCCUCGGAGCGGAGCAACAUCGGCUUGCCUGGCCGCUACCGUCCGGUCUCGCAUGUUCCGAUGUCUACCGUCACCACCGCACCUCAAGAUCGCACGAACACAAUGUCCGGAGGGCUGUCGGGCUGGAACGAUGACAAGGCCAAGUCGACGAUCAACAUCAUCAGCACAGAUUGCGACGGCUCCGACGACGAUGAAGAGCAGGCCUGGGAGGCCAUGAACGCGAAGCGCGAGAAGAAGAGAUCAAUGUGGAGAAGCAAGAAGAGCUUUGGGAGCGAGUUGGCGUUGUGA